AUGCCUGACUCUCAUCAUUCUCGGGGAGAUUCCUCUAAACGCAAGAGUCGUCAUGACUCAGGAGAUCUUGCACCUCGCAAAAAGCAGCACCGAUCUACACGCGACCAUGAUCAAGACAUCCAAAUGGAGGAUUCAGGAAGCGACGGUGACCAACGCCAGUCCCAUUCAACUCAAUCUAAGGGAAAACCUGCACCUCGCAAUGAAAGGGAAGCAGCAUCUGUGAACGAUCUUAAGAGACGUAUUCGAGAUGUGAAACGCCUGCUCAACAAGGCCAAAUUGCCCGCGGACGCUCGGGUGGUGCAAGAGCGAGCGCUUGCAGGCUAUGAACAGGAUCUAGCGGACGAGACCGCCCGGCGCGAUCGGUCACAGAUGAUUAAGAAGUACCACUUUGUUCGAUUCUUGGACCGAAAGACCGCAAACAAGAACCUGAACAGCCUACUUCGCCGCGAAAAAGAAGAAGGUCUCGACUCAAAACAGAAAUCUCGUCUUCAACAAAAGAUUCACGAUGCGCGUGUUAACGUCAACUACACAAUUUACUACCCCCUGACCGAAAAAUACCUGUCACUCUACCCGAAGCAAGAAAAAGCAUCUGCAGAAGCUGGCGCAGAAUCUGGGUCUGAGGCUGAUACCAAGAAACCCAAGCAGCAAGAAACAGCAACCAGACCCCCACUCUGGUCUGUUGUCGAGAAGUGCACAGCGGAAGGCACUCUUGACCGUCUCCGGGAAGGCAAGCUGAACAUUGGACAUGAUGGCCAGCCUAUUUCUGAGGCCCAAAAGCCGGCACAGCCAGUACAGCCUAAAAAGGACAGCAAAAAGCCCAAGAAAGAAGAGUCUCAAGAGGAGAAACCUACCACCAGGAGAGAGAGACGCGCUACAAAGGAUGUCCCGAACGGCAAGAGGGAUAAGCAGAAUCGGAAGGAUUAUGGCAAGGAGCGAGACCGCCUGCAGGAUGUUGCUAUUGAGGCCGCUGGCGAUGAUAGUGACGGCGGAUUCUUUGAGGAGUAG